UUUCCGACUGUGCCUACGAAUUCUGAGAAAACUAACUUCAAAAUUAAAAUACUAACCUUUUCAAGACAGGAUUUCAAGACACCUUUUCAAGAGCGGGACAACUGGUUCACAGGAGAAACAGGCUGUGAGAACAAGAUUUUCAAAAGAGGAGGCUGAGUAGCCAGACUUGCCACCUUGAGUUGAAAAGAAAACAAACCUACGGCAAGGAUACUUCAAGCUCAACCAAAAGAUCCCGGCCAGACCUGUUCAAGUGGACUACUUGGAACUCUUGAGUGCACCGGUGUGGGAAAUGACCCAAGAAGUGCAUCAACAAUUGAACUGCAACAACACUAGCAGUGAACUGAUAUUUCUCACUCAAGCACUUAUUUAUUUCCCCGUUUUCUGCAUUGGAGUCAUCCUAAAUGCCUUGGCCUUGAAGAUAUUCUGUUGCAAUCUGAGCAAGUGGACUGAAACGAGAGUAUACAUGACCAAUUUAGCCAUUGCAGAUUUUUUGUUGCUUUUUACUUUGCCUUUCAAGAUGGCUUAUAAGAGAAACGAUGUGACUACACUGUGUUUGGUCUUUGAGUCUACAUACUUCAUUAACAGGUAUAUGAGCAUCUUCCUUAUCACCAUCACAGCAAUUGAUCGAUACAUUGCCAUAAAAUAUCCCCUCAAAGCAAAGCUUAUACGUUCCCCUCUGAAGUCAGUAGUUAUCUCUGGGUUUCUCUGGGCCUUGAUUAUCAGCAUUGUAUAUGUGACUAAAAAUUUUGAGAAACGAGCUUCAUCAGGCACUUGCUUUAGAAGGAUUUCCAGAGAACCAUCAAUGUAUGUAUUUGCAUCUGUCAUUUGGGGAUUUUUUAUACCAUUAACUAUUUUUAGUUUCUGUUCCAUUCAAAUCACAAAGAAACUCGUGAAGAAGAAGAAAACAAACCCAUAUGAAGAAAAGCGCAUCCAGAAAGCAAUCAAUAUCAUUUUUGCAAAUAUGAGCGUAUUUGUCAUAUGCUUCUUACCUAUUCAUCUUGCAUACUUAAUUCGGUUCAUAGCUGACUACACUGAGGCCAGCUGCACUCAGAUAGAAAAAAUUGACAACUUUACAAACCUUGCAGGAAUUAUUGCCAACACCAACUGCUGUUUGGAUGCCAUUUGCUAUUACUUUGUGAACAAGGAAUUCCAGGAAGCUUCCAUGAAGCUAACAACCAAAUAUGAAACACAACAGAAGCAAAGCUCUGAAGAUCAAGAUUUUGAAAUUAUUUAG